UGUAUCCACCAUAUCUCUUUUUACGUCAUUUAUCCACAUUCUUGUGUGACAGUUCUUCUCUAGCGGCAGCGGGCGAGUGGAGGGACACUCGACAUCGGAUCCGUCUUGAUUUGUAUCUUCUCUCUAAGCAGCCUAUUUAGCGAGGAGUCAUUGUCGGUGCCUUCCUGUUCCCAUCUCCAUCUCUCCGUCCUUUAUGCAUAGCACGCUGCUCCCGUCCUCUCCGAGAAAACAGCGCUUCGAGUCCCCGCAGCAUGGUGCCGUCCUGCCGCUCCCACUGAGAGACAUGGAAGCCAAGCAGCACCAAAUCAAGAGCCUCAAGAGCUACCCGGAGACGGGCGGCCGGAGCCUGGCCGCGGCCGCUGGGGGAGAGGGGGUAGGGUACCGGGUCGCCUCGGCCGAGAUGGACAUGGAAGCCAACAUCCAGAAGGCGAUCGACUUCAAGGUGGAGGGCCAUCGCUGCUACAAGGAGAAGAAGUUCCGGGAAGCCAUCGGCAAGUACCACCGAGCUCUGCUGCAGCUGAAGGGGGUGCAUGUGGUGGACGGGACCACGGGCUCCGAGGUCAACCUCCUCAGCCAAGCCUCAACCAAGAUGACCGAAGAGCAGCGCAGAGCCGUGGACAUCACCGAGAUCGAGUGCUACGACAGCUUGACAGGUGAGCGGCACGGGCUGGGACCCAGAUCCUCGAGGUCUGGGAUCUGGAGGAGCAGAGCCUUGAGGUCUCGAAUCCUCGAGGUCUCGGCUCUUCCAGAGAUUCAGAACCUCUCGGCUCCUUCCGGAGGAGCAGAACCUCGGGGUCUCGGCUCCUUUAGAGGAGCAGAACGGAGCUGAACCUCUCGGAUACUCCGGAGGAGCAGAACGGAGCCGAACCUCUCGGCUCCGCACCGUACUUAGCCUCCAUUGUUCGCCGCGGUUCACCGGGUUCAUGAAGUGUUACAAUAUAUCACGGACGGUUUAUCAAGAGAACAUCCGGCCAAUCUUUUUGUUCCUUAUAUUAGAAAUAUCUGUAAGCAGCUGAAUUAAUACGAGGAAUAGCCCCGACAUGACGUGAAUAAAUGACGUGAACACCACCAACGAUAAACUGGUUAGAUGGCGAUUCUCAAGAACCAGCUUUUUUUCCUUGCCUGACGAAAUCAAUGAAUUAUCUACUGGAAGCGAUUUUCCAAUCGACACAUCCUAGUUACAGAUCUUUGGUAGAUGAAUCUGAUCAUGAGUAAUG